UACCAGCAGGGCUGGACAGCAUUUCUCACUGUGAUGUGGGGAGCAGGUCCUGGGUACUAAGGGUCUGAAGAAGCUCUCAAGGACUAAUUUUUUAAAAUAAUUGUUAUCAAUGAAUUGGGAGAAAACAUACAAUCACUGCGGAUAAGAUUGAGGGGUGACAAAAUACAGGCAGAGUGGUAAUUCCUGAUGGGGUGAGGGCAGUGAUACAGAGCGAUCUGGCUCAUUCAGCCAGCUGGACCCAUUCAAAGAAAACAAGUUUGAGCAGAGCCCAAUGCAAGGUCCUAUACGUGGCAACAAGGCACGCCGGCCACACCUCCAGAAUGGGGACGUGGAUCCAGGAAAGCAGUGACUCUGAAAAGGAUUUAGGGGCCAGAGUGGAGAAGCCACUCAACAUGAGCUCCCAGUGUGAUGCUGUGGUGAACAGGGCUAAAGCCAUCAUUAGACGUAGGAGCAGAGCCGUGAGUAGGAUAGGGAGGUGACACAGCAGCAGUGAGACUGCUAUUGGAAUAGUGCCUCCAGUCUUGGUGUCCUCCUUUGAAAAAGAUGGUCCUAGAAAUUGGAGCUGGGGCAGCAAAGAGCCAUGAAAUGUUCUGAGGGCUGGAGAAAAAUGCCUUCUAGUGAGCUAUGGAAAGAGCUCAACCUGUUUAGCUUAUCAAAAGAAGAUUGAAGGGGACUUCAUUGAAGUGUUGAAGUGCCUUAAUGGAGAGAAAAUACUGGGUAUUAAAGGGCUCUCUAGUCUAGCAGAGAAAGGCAGAACAAGACCCAAUGGCUGGAAGGUGAAAAGAGACAAAUUCCUAUGACAAAUAAGGCACAAAUCUUCAACAGCGAGGAUGAUUGACCACAGGAAGAAGCUACCAAGGAAAGUGGUGGAUUCUCCAUCUCUUGAUGUCAUUAAUAAAGACUAGAUGCCUUUCCGGAAUGUGUUUGCCCCAAAAGUAGCUAUUGUGGUAGACAGGAGGCCUGUGAUAUGCAGGGGGUCAGAUUAGAUGCUCUAACGGUCUCUGCUGCCCAUAAAGUCUACUCAUUUCUGAGAAACCGAGUGUAGCAUUGGGAGCAGCUUGUGAUGUUUUACCCUCUAGCCGGCUUGCUUUCUAGAAUGAACACUCAUUGAGUGGGGUGAUCCACAGGGAGUAGCUCAAACUUCCAGAGUGUCAGCCCUGUGGCAGGACAUUAGCACUGCAGGGGAGGGGUGUGUGUGGCAGUGACAUCACAAAGGCCUUUUGCAGAACCUCAGCCUAUUGGCCAAAGGUGCAGGGGAGGUGGUGACCUCACAGAGGGAUGCUGACAUCAGCCGGGCAGGACAGGGGCGCAGGGCCAGGGAAACCUCAGAGACCCCUGUGGCUUUGCUUCAGCAAGUCCCCUUCUCGAGAUCUCUCUUUGAGGUCUGAGAGAGUAUUUGGGUUCAUGUAUGUGAGCACCAGGAGGAACCUCUUUUGAGUUUUCUCCUUUCUUUUUCCUGAUUUCACUAGAAAACUGACGUCCCUGUUUAGAAGGUAAGAGCCUCCGAGAGGUUUGGAACCUGUUGAGUCUGAUGCAUCUGGCGCCAGCUGAAUUUUAGGCAUGGAAAACACUAGCUUAAGGUGGCCAAAUUUUAUUCCCCACCUGGGAUUUUGUCCCUUAGAAUCUCUGGGGACAUUAAGGAGCUCAUUGAGGAGCUGCCUGAUAACUCUCCACCCGGCGCCGUCCUCGCUAACUCCCUGAUUGCUGUGGGCAACCUCAGCACCAUGACACCUGCUGUGGAGCCAGAGCUGGAGACCCACCUCCUUCGAGCUGCCCUGCACGCCGUCUUCACCCUGGGCAUGGAGAAGGACACCGCCCAAGUGCAGGAUCUGCCUAGGGUCUUGCCAGACCUCCUGGACGCCAUGCUGGGGAACCUGCUGGCAGAGUCCCCAGACACCGACAGGCUCCAGUACAUCUUGGAGCACAUUAACUACUGGAUCGUGUCCAGGGUGCCGCGAGAGAGAGCCAGGGCCGUUAAGAGCAGCACGGCCCUGCUCAGAUUCACCAUCACCCUCCCUGAGUUUGACAACUCAGCGGAAUUCCCCAGGAUGGGUCACCACAUGGCACAGCUGGCUCUGUCCGUCAGUGACCCAGCCAAGGACAUCAGCCGGCAGGCCAGGGAUGGGGUUUACCGGCUCUACCAGCUGCUGCUGCACCAGAGGGAUAAGGAACCUAGCUGGGAAAUGGCACCCGCUAGAAGAGUGAGACUGGGACCCCAGCCAAUUUCUCUCAGACUGACCCCGGCUGGAGGAUGAGUCUCUCUAUCUCUUUCUGUGUUC